GUAUUGGAACCAGGAUAUCACAUAGCAAGAAGGGGACCGGAUCAUGGAGGUUCAAGCUUCACUCAUUGUCGGCACUCGACCCAGAUUGGACGGCGAUAUGUUAACCUACGUCAGACAUUAGAGGAACGAGCUCGCGUGGAACUCAUGAGAGACUGUUUGUAUCGGUUAAAAUUAUCAAUCACGUUCGUGCGUGAUUUACAGCAAUUAGUUAUGGAGGAGCAUAAAAUUUUAUAUAAAAUUACGCAUGAUUGUGUCGAUGAAUUUCCCGUUAGUAAAAUUUUCUGCCUUAAUGCUUUAUGUGAAGAUUUACGAACUUUAAUAGGUCAUUGGAAAUGUAUAAAACAAAAACUGCACACAAAUCGGUGGCUGCAACCGGUUCUUGGUUCAUUGCAUUUUCAGCUCGACCGUAUAAAAUUAUCAUUGAUACAUUUACAAAACAAAGCUAUAUGGUGGCUCGAAAAGUUUGUUCAAAUAGGUUUACAAGUUUUUGCUCAUGGAAAUGUGGACGCCUUAACGCAUGAAAUGAUAUGGAAUAUAACGCGUGGUCUCGAAGAUCUGAACCGAAUUAUAAAUGGCUUACAACAUGACAAUCAUACAUCUACCUCUAAAAUAGGCCUAAAAUCAUUUUGUACUCAACAUAUAAGUGCUUUAAGUCCUGAUUCUACAAACUCUGUAGCGAAUAUCGGAGAACAUGUUAAAGCUAUUCCGUUUUCGAGGGUGCUAAGUAUAAUUGCCAAUGAGAGGUCAAGAUAUGCAGCUCUGGAAACACACCGGUUUUUUACGACAAAUCACGAAUUUGUGAAACUUCUUUAUUCAGGAAAAUUACCAAACUUUGUUUGGACGGAGGAAUCUAGUCACGUUAAUGAACGAGCUGAUAAAGACACCUCAGAUUAUCAUACUGCUACUGGUAGCAUGACCUCUCUUAGUGCAGCUAUACUAAAGGUCGGCAGUAUACGCGCACCUGAUUUGUCAGACUCGGAAUCUCCUUUAGUGGAACUAGCUCGACGAGAACACUCCUUUGCUGAAAACUUUCUACUAAUUGUGUGCAAUUCGACGAACCUUUUGCGGAGAAAUGACCAUCAGAAAUCGAGGCGAGCUGUCAAGUACAGUCAGAGCAUGAUGAAUUCGGGUAAACCUCCGCGUGGUGAUACACCAGUGCUUUCUAGAAGUGAUUCUUUGAGGAAGUCAGUCUCCUGGGGUGAUUCUGCAGACAGCUCAAUAAAGUCGCAGCUUACGUCAAGGUACAUGGAUUCAUAUUGGAACCAUUUUGGAACCAGUUUAUACAUGAUGUUUUAUGAACCAUGUUGGGUACGACAGAAGUCGCUGUAUUUCUCCGAGAUUGGUAGUGUUUUAAUGCUCAAUACCACAGUGAUAGCCCUUGUCAAACAUAUGAUUCAACAUGUCUGCCUCAAAGUAUCACCACCUUUAGACAAGGAUUCAACUAGCCAAUCAGGACCCCCAAAUAUGUUGCGUCACCCCAUUGACCCAAAGUAUCCCGACAUAGGUGUUCCAAUAAUCCUACCUGAUCCUUUCCCAGAUUUGUUUCCACCUGGUAGUGUCGUACCAAUGUUAAAUGCAGCUAGAAAGUGUCUCCAUACUUCAGCCUUUGGAGCCUGGGAUACAAUGAUGUGUGAAGCACUAGCCUCUAAUAGACGUGACAAAUGUUACCCCUGCCCUCUAGUGGACGGAGAUUACAGUACGAGAACGGGAAUGCUGUUACGAGAUACGUACCAACCGGUGCUCAACCUGCUCAGAGAAAACCUCGGUGAAAACACUGAUCCUGCACCAGGCGGUUUACCAGCAUCUGUGAACGAGAUGGUUGCUGUAGCAUCAAGACUGGUGGCGACAUCUAGUGUAUCGUUGCUAUGGUGUCGUAAUAAAACACAUCAGUAUCUGGCAUCAAUGGCCGUUGGUAACUUCCUGCUCAUUUCGCAAACUGACUUAAAGAUUUUGAUUGACGAGUCUCGAUCCGCUCUUUACCAAACGCAGAUGGUAUCCAAGUCACUGUCAUCAAAAGUAGGUCAAGAUUCAGUCAUUGGAUUAGGUCAGAUCGCAAACCAGCUCAGUACAAUAAUGGACAGUCUACAGGGACUGUCUAGCCUUAGUAUGAAACAAUUCUCAAGAAAUUGUACCAGUUCUGCGAUGGAAUAUUUCAAAGGCAAUAUGCCAGUUGGAAAAGUGUGGAGGAAAAAACCAGAAGCAGAAGUACCUAGAGAUCACAAUAUAUACAUAGAACAUGCCUUAGAGACCAUAUUAGAGCCUAUUUUAGAGGGUGUUAGCAAGCUAAAGCAGACGGUACAACUCAGUGUUAUCUCCAUAGCAACCGAGGCACUGUGUCAGGCAUGGAUGUCAUUUAUACUUCAGGAAAAAAUCAAAUUUAGUUACACAGGGGCGUGUCAACUAGGUUGUGAUGUAAAGUACAUGAAGUCAUGGUUACAUCAGAGUAUCGUCAUGGAAACGGUACAACAAAGCAUUCUAGAUCUGCCAGUACUCAAAACACUCAGUGGUGUUGUGCUUAUCCUAAUGAAGCAGCCAUUCAAGCGAUCUUCCAGCAAGUUCAGGGGAUCUGCGUCUGAAAAUAGUGAAGACAAUUCAAUGGAUUAUAUUCAAGGCGAGAGAUCAGUCUAUGAAAGUGAGGACAAAAUUAGCCACGUGUCCAAUCCAAACGAAUGGCUGGCACUCAGAGUGCAGGGAACUGGCAGAAGCUGGCGAGGGAUUUCAUCAUGUUUAAAUCCAGAUCCUCAAUAAUGAUUGGUCAAUUGGUACUACAAAGGGAACCAAUGGAAACUGGAAUUGAGUUUUUUCUAAGUAAUGAUUGGUCGAUUUCGAGAACAAAUGGAAACCAUGGGAGCAGGAAUCGAGUUUCAACUUGCCAUAGCAACAUCUACAAACAAGCUUUUAUUGUUUUUCUUUUUGUUUACAAGGAAUCAGUUUUUAAAGGAAAGAAAUGCCUGUCCUGGUUAUAAUUUAUAUUCUUAAUGUGUGGAUGAUUUUAAAGGUCUGUUGAAUCAAUGGCAGCUAGAUAUGAAUUUCAUCAUGUCUAAAUUUAGAUAUUCCUGAAUAGGUUUUUUAUUUCUUUUUUGUAUACUGGAAAUUAAUGCUUGCAAGGAGGAGAAUCUUUGAAUCUUUACAUCUAGGCUCAUUUUUGAAAUUUAUUGGUAGAUUAGUAGAAUUUUAACUGAUUUAAGACAUGAAGAACCUUGCCAGUUUUUGCAAGCAAUGUUUGAAUAUAUACAUGUAAAUGAAAUGUUCAUACACGAUUGUGUUUAGAUCUUUAGAUCCAUAACAAUGGAGGAAUUAGAUUUUAGGAAACCAGCUGAACCUUCCUUAGCCUCAGUUUGAAUACUUGAUAUUUAUUGGCUGGCUUUCAUAUUACUGGGAACCAAUGAAAUCAAAGAGGAAGUGAGGUCAGCAUAUUUGAUGCUGCAGCAGAAGAAGAGAGGAACACAUUAUAUUGCUCAGAAAAACAAUCUAUAUGUCACAAAGCUGAGAUUUAUCACAUUUUGCCAGUACCUUGUAUAUUUGAUAU